GGAGCGAGGCCCAGCAGAAUGUACACACAGGGGUGAGUAAGGAGGGGUGAGGAGCAAGGGAGGGGGAAACGAGGGAGGGAGGGAGGGAGGGAGGCUGCUCAAGAGGACCCCUCGGGCUCCGUUCCAAGGUGAUGAGACAUCUAGCAGAGGAACCAUCAGAGCCUCAGACAGCCAGCAGACAGACUGACAGGGAGACAGAUCAGUGGACAGAAGGAAAGACAGACUGACAGACAGACAUACUGACUGACAGACAGACCGACAGACAGUCAGACAGACAGACAAUUACAUCAGGAAAGAAUAAAAACCAUUAGGUUGGGACGCUAAAAGACAGAAGAUUUUGAAUAUUGAAGGGGAAGAGAAUAUUUUGACAGUUUAAGAUGACUUUGCGAGAGCUCCGCAGUCGACAGUUUUGGCGUGCGGUGCUGGCAGAGGUGCUGGGCACCCUGGUGCUCGUGAGCACCAUGCUCGGGGCCUCUGUGCCGGGUCCGGGAGAGGCCCCCGGGGGCCCGCUGUACCCAGCCCUGGCAAUCGCUGCCGUGAUCACCUCGCUGGGCCACUGUUUUGGAGAGAUCAGCGGGGCGCAGGUGAACCCUUCAGUGACUCUGUCAUUUUUGGCCGCAAAGAAGAUAGACCUGGUCAGGGCCCUUGUUUAUGUGGCCGCACAGUGCCUGGGGGCCUUUCUGGCCAGCGGGGCCCUCUACCUGGCCCUCCCGCACAAAUCCACGGCGGAGGUGUUCGUCAAUCGGUUGGGCCCCGACGUCAACGCGGCACAGGCGGUGGGCGUGGAGGUGCUCUGCACCUUCUCCAUGGUCUUCGCCAUCUUCUCUGUGGAGGAGCAGAGGCGUAGAGAGAGCACCGAGCCCAGCCACCUGGGCAUCGGACUGGCCCACACGGCCGCAGUGUUUAUAGGAGCGAGGUUUUCUGGUGCAGGAAUGAAUCCGGCUCGUGCUCUGGGUCCAGCUCUCAUCACCGGCUACUGGGAGAACCACUGGGUGUACUGGAUCGGGCCGGUGACGGGCGGUGUGCUGGCCGGCGUGUCACACGAGUUCUUCUUCGCCCACAGCGCCUCCCGCCUGAAGCUGGUGGCGUGUCUGACCUGUAAGGACAUCGACAUGGUGGAGACUGCCAGCAUGUCCCGCUCCUCCCUCUCCACCGUCACGCAGAACGCCAACCGGGCCAAGCAGGCCAACAAGGGCGAGGGCACCUGAGGUCUUCGGAUGGACGACGACGAUGUUUUUCUUCAUGAUCACUUACAUCGUUACUGAUGCCCGUCCCGACUGGCUUAAAAAGACACAAGAAGGAUCAAACAUCAUUUUUUAAUUAAUUAUCCCAAGAAAUGAAAUGACAUAUUAAUACCUUAUAUUUGAAUACAUUUACAACUGAAUCAUGGAACAAACACAAGGACAAUUUGAAACAAAAAACGUUAAAUGUAAGUUUAGGCGCCGUCAACCUCCUUGUAGCCACACACGUUCAUACAUACACAGAAGGGCUCACACCGGCUUCACACCUUAUUCUUUUCCUCGUCGAGUUGUUCUUUGAAUGCAGCGAAUCCGCAACUCAAUGGCCUUUCAAGAAUAGGGAUGCAAACUAAAACAUAAGAACACAGAUAUACCUAAUCAAUCAAUAAGUCAAUAAGUCAAUCAAUCAAUCAAUCAAUCAAUCAAUCAAUCAAUCAAACAACAUCCUUUAGAUCAUGCUUUGUGCAAUACAAAAUGCUUAAUAAGAAAAAAAAAUCUGUUUAAAAUGUUAAAUUGAGAGGCAGGCUUACGUUUGAGAGAUAGAUUCAAACUAAACUCUCAAUGUUACACAGAUAUCUCUAGAUGUUUAGUGUUGUACAACAUAUUUGUGUACCACACAGGGAACACAGCUGUGUCUAUCCUUUUGCCUGUUUAUCUAAUAUGUUUAUUUGACUGUGUCAAGCACUUUUUAAUUGAUCUUAUUUAAAGUGCUAUAUAAAUACAAUCAAUAGCAUUAUUGAUAUUAUUAUUUCAUCCACCUUAAAGCAUUCUUUCCUCACAGAUGAAAUUGCUUCUAUAUGAG